AUGACUACGAAGACGGCUCUUCUCAUCCUAACGACUCAUAGCGACUCUCAUUCUCUCAUCGCCGCGACUUCCGCGACGCCAGUCGACCCAGAAAGGACGAAGGCAUUCCGCUUCCUGCGAGCGUACGUGCCUAGCGAGAAACUCUUACGAACGACCGAAGCGGCGUUCGCGCUAUGGGCGACGAGUUCGUCGUUAAGGUUCGCGCGCGACUCGCUACGUCCCGAUAUAUUGAUAUCGUAUCGAACGGGCACUCACACCUACGCGAACGUCGAAAACGGCGACGUCUGUCCGGCGGUCUUCGAAGGUCCAGGCGGGGCCUUCGCUCACUCGUUCUUCCCCACCGGAGCGGCCGAUUUCUCCUCGGAGGUGCACGUCGAUGACGAGGAGCCGUGGCACGUGCGCCUGAACAAGAAUCUCUCCGACAAGUAUCAUCUGCUGCUAACGCUAACUCACGAGAUCGGCCACGCCUUAGGUCUGCAGCACAGCAUGCGCAACGACUCGGUCAUGUUUCCGUAUAUACCCGACAACGAGCUUCAAUAUCCGGUUAAGCUAAGCGUGGAGGAUAUCCUCGCUAUACAGAAUCUGUACGGAUCUCACAACGAUGGAAAUCGCCCCGCGAUUCCUGCGACUACCGCGGCGUCCGCUACUACCGUAGCGCCUACGAUGACGGCGUCGCGUCGACUGAUCCGUCGCGCGUGGAUCUUUGCGCCUAGAUGUGGCCUUAAUAAUGAAUCGUGUGUACAUAUCCAACUCACGCAACAUACGUUCGGUCGACCUAACCGAGACGCUGCGGUAGGUCCAUGA